AUGUUGUUGAUUACUUCCCUCAACGUCAUGUUUUUGCUGGCUGUCUGGUCCUUCGCGGCCUUUGGCAUCGCACAUGACAUAGAUGGCCUCGAUAUUGUUGACAAGCGUUCGAUUCUGAAGUUCACCGAUGGUGGAGUUCCUGCCCACAAUUGCGUUGACGACGUUGCUAAUACCAGCAUAGACAUGGAAGCACCUGCUUUGCUUGACCUCAAGUAUAUUCCUCGUGCUGAGCCUCUUACCGUCACCGUCACUGAGACCGUCUGCGAAUUCGGAACCACUACUUCUGUCGAGGGGACCAUCACUCUCUCCAUUCCAGAGACCUCCACCGCCGCGAGCACCACUGAGACCACUACCUCCCAGCCUACUGUGGGGACCCCAGUCCCGUCUGCCACUCAUACGGUUCCCACCACGGUGUCUCAUGCAACUUCGUCUGCUUCUUCCACAGAUCAGACCACCACCCGCCGUGCGAGCUCGACUGGUAGUAGCACUGUCUCUAGCCCCGCGUCUAGUGGUUCUCAGUCUCCCACUGCUCCUCCCCUGUCUGAUGUCGCUGCUGGCCAAGAGAAGACACAUAUGGUCUUGCUGGCUUGCGGCUUAGUUUUGGCGGGUAUCCUGAACGUCUAA